AGUGGAAGCGCCCACUCUGACUGACAGCUCGCAGCCUCCGCCCAGACCAGCCGCGCCACAACCAGGCAGACUUCUUCCAGCUCCCAGCCGCCACCGGGGGCUGCAGGGAUGACCGACAGUAUCCCCCUACAACCCGUGAGGCGACAGAAGAGACAUGACAGUAAACACCGGAGCGGAUGCUGCCCUUGGUCGAGAUGCUGCGGGAUGGGGGACUUCCGCCCUCGCACCGUGUGGCUGGGCCACCCAGAGAAGAGGGAGCAGAGGUACCCGAAGAACGUCAUUAACAACCAGAAGUACAACUUCUUCACCUUCCUUCCCGGGGUGCUGUUUAAUCAGUUUAAGUACUUCUUCAACUUGUACUUUUUGCUGCUGGCCUGCUCUCAAUUUGUCGAGGAGUUACGCCUUGGUGCCCUCUACACCUACUGGGUCCCUUUGGGGCUUGUUUUGUUUAUCACCAUCAUGAGAGAGGCAAUUGAGGAGAUAAGGUGCUACCUUCGAGACAAAGAAGUCAACUCUCAAGUCUACAGCAAGCUUUCCACAAGAGGUACGGUGAAGGUAAAGAGCAGCGGCAUCCAAGUGGGCGACCUUAUAAUCGUGGAGAAGAAUCAACGUGUUCCUGCUGACAUGAUCUUUUUAAGGACCUCUGAAAGAAAUGGGUCCUGCUUCCUGCGAACUGACCAGCUGGAUGGAGAGACGGACUGGAAGCUGCGCCUCCCAGUGGCCUGCACCCAGAGGCUGCCCACUGCCGCAGACCUCCUCCAGAUCAGAUCAUACGUGUACGCAGAAGAACCAAACAUCGACAUUCAUAACUUCAUUGGAACUUUCACCAGGGAAGACGGAGACCCCCCGGUAAACGAGAGCCUCAGCAUCGAGAACACGCUGUGGGCCAGCACGGUCGUCGCUUCUGGCACGGUGGUGGGGGUUGUGAUUUACACAGGCAAGGAGCUGCGGAGCGUCAUGAACACCUCCAACCCACGGCACAAGGUGGGUUUGUUCGACCUGGAGGUGAACUGUUUGACUAAGAUCUUGUUCGGGGCCCUGGUGGUGGUGUCGCUGGUCAUGGUCGCUCUCCAGCACUUUGCGGGCCGUUGGUACCUCCAGAUCUUCCGGUUCUUGCUCCUGUUCUCCCACAUCGUGCCCAUCAGUUUGCGCGUUAACCUGGACAUGGGAAAGAUGGUCUUCAGCUGGAUGAUCAAGAAAGACUCCAAGAUCCCGGGGACGGUGGUGAGGGCCAGCACCAUACCGGAGCAGCUCGGACGGAUCUCCUACCUGCUUACUGACAAAACAGGCACCCUUACCCAGAAUGAAAUGGUGUUCAGGCGUCUCCACCUUGGGACUGUGGCGUAUGGGAUGGACUCUAUGGACGAAGUACAGAGCCAUGUGUUUAGUGCAUACACGCAGCCCACCCAUGACCUACCGGCCUCCAGAGCUCCUGCAGCCACCAAGGUACGAAAGACCAUCAGUAGCCGAGUUCACGAGGCCGUGAAAGCCAUCGCCCUGGUGCACAACGUCACCCCGGUGUACGAGUCCAACGGUGUGACCGACCAGGCCGAGGCGGAGCAGCACUACGAGGACACAUGCAGGGUCUACCAGGCAUCUAGCCCAGAUGAGGUGUCGCUGGUGCAGUGGACAGAGAGCGUGGGGCUGACUCUGGUGGGAAGAGACCAAUCCUCCAUGCAGCUGAGGACCCCUACUGGCCAAAUCCUGAACUUCACCAUUCUGCAGAUAUUCCCCUUCACCUACGAGAGCAAAAGGAUGGGGAUUAUAGUGCGAGACGAAUCGACAGGAGAGAUAACUUUCUACAUGAAGGGUGCUGAUGUGGUGAUGGCGGGCAUCGUCCAAUACAACGACUGGCUGGAAGAGGAGUGUGGAAACAUGGCCAGGGAAGGCCUGAGGGUCCUUGUGGUCUCCAAGAAGUCGCUGAGUGAGGAACAGUAUCAGGAUUUUGAGGCGCGGUACGUCCAGGCCAAACUCAGCGUUCAUGACCGCUCCCUGAAAGUGGCCACGGUGAUCGAGAGCCUGGAGAUGGAGAUGGAGCUGUUGUGUCUGACGGGGGUGGAGGACCAGCUCCAGACCGAUGUCAGACCAACUCUGGAGAUCCUCCGCAACGCAGGCAUCAGGGUUUGGAUGCUGACCGGAGACAAACUGGAAACGGCCACAUGCACGGCUAAGAACGCCCACUUGAUCACCCGCAGCCAGGACAUCCACAUCUUCAGACAAGUGACAACGCGAGGGGAAGCCCACCUGGAGCUCAACGCUUUCAGGCGAAAGCAUGACUGCGCUUUGGUGAUAUCAGGGGACUCGCUCGAGGUCUGUCUGAAAUAUUACGAGUAUGAGUUCAUGGAGCUUGCAUGUCAGUGUCCUGCUGUGGUUUGCUGCCGAUGCACCCCCACCCAGAAAGCACAGAUAGUCCGACUGCUGCAGGAGCGCACGGGCAAACUCACCUGCGCAGUCGGGGACGGAGGAAACGAUGUCAGCAUGAUCCAGGAAGCCGACUGUGGCGUGGGAGUGGAGGGAAAAGAAGGAAAGCAAGCCUCUCUGGCCGCCGACUUCUCUGUAACUCAGUUCAAACAUCUGGGUCGUCUCCUCAUGGUGCACGGUCGGAACAGCUACAAAAGAUCAGCCGCCCUCAGCCAGUUUGUCAUCCAUAGGAGCCUGUGCAUCAGCACCAUGCAGGCGGUUUUCUCCUCCGUUUUCUACUUUGCCUCCGUCCCGCUCUACCAGGGGUUUCUGAUUAUUGGUUAUUCCACCAUCUACACCAUGUUUCCUGUCUUCUCUCUGGUGUUGGAUAAAGACGUUAAGUCAGAAGUUGCCAUGCUUUACCCAGAGCUGUAUAAAGAUCUAUUAAAGGGUCGACCGCUGUCCUUCAAGACAUUCCUAAUAUGGGUUCUGAUAAGUAUUUAUCAAGGUAAGCUUUUCUUCAUCACCCUGACCUGCGUUUCUUCCACUUUAACAGAUGUUCACUUCAUCACCACGGUGUCGUUCCUCUGGAAGGUGACGGCCAUCACAUUGGUGAGCUGUCUGCCUCUAUACAUCCUCAAGUACCUGCGCAGACGCUUCUCUCCUCCCAGUUACUCCAAGCUGACCUCCUAAAAAGAAUAAAUGAGUUGAGUACUAAAAGAACGGAGAAGUCGCUCAUCUUCCUCCUACCAGGGAUCCAACGCCAGAUUUAUUCCUUUCAUUGUGUGACUCUGACAGGGACAGGUUGUUUAUUUAGAGUCUGUCAGUGAAAAGCAGUGUUAAUUGCUCUGUGUGUUUGAUGCAUGGCAAACUCCUGCGGUAAAUUGUAGUCCAGAUUAAAUGAACCUCAUUCAACCAGUUUUAUGAAAUGUAUUUAAUGUCGGCGAACAUGUGUGCAU